GGCAUUUUUGAUCCUGUUACUGAACAUAAGUAGCAUAAUUCAGUAUUACAAUGAGUAUCAGCGAAGCAGAAGUAGAGCGAUUUCUUGAUAGAAACCCUGAUUUUGCACUGAAGUAUUUUGACAAGAAGUUGAGACCCGAGGCCAUAGCUCAGGUGUUGGGUAGAAAUGAACCAGCUGUUGAUUUUUCAUCUUUCAGGGAGCUCAGCCAAGUGGAGGAGAGUGAAAUCCUUUUUGAACUUAUCAGAGAUAUGCAGGAGAGCAUAAACAUGGAAAAAGUUGUCUUCAAGACCCUCAGGAGAAUCAGUUUCCUCAUUCAUGCUGACCGUUGCAGUCUUUUCAUGUACAGGCAGAGGAAUGGCAUUGCUGAACUUGCCACCAGGCUCUUCAAUGUUCAUAAGGAUGCUACUCUGGAGGAAUGCCUGGUGCCCCCUGAUGCUGAAAUCGUCUUUCCUCUGGACAUUGGUGUGGUGGGACAUGUUGCACACACUAAAAAGACGGUCAACAUUAAAGAUAUUCGUGAGUGUCCUCACCAAUUCAGCAGAUUUUCCGAUGAACUUACUGAAUAUCAUACAAGAAGUAUUCUUGCCACCCCAAUCAUGAAUGGCAAAGACGUAGUGGCUGUGAUUAUGGCACUGAAUAAAGUGGAUGGGCCAUGUUUUACAGAGGCAGAUGAAGAACUUUUUCUGAAGUAUCUUAACUUUGCAUCUCUGAAUCUUAAAAUCUACCACCUCAGCUAUCUUCAUAAUUGUGAAACUCGAAGAGGACAGGUUCUGUUGUGGUCAGCCAACAAGGUGUUUGAGGAGCUGACUGACAUAGAAAGACAGUUUCACAAGGCCUUUUAUACUGUGAGAGCAUACUUGAACUGUGACCGAUACUCUGUAGGGCUUCUGGAUAUGAUCAAACAAAAGGAAUUCUUUGAUUUGUGGCCUGUACAGAUGGGUGAAGUUGCACCUUACUCAGGACCUCGUACUCCAGAUGGCAGAGAAAUAAUAUUUUACAAAGUCAUUGAUUAUAUACUCCAUGGAAAAGAAGAUAUUAAAGUCAUUCCAAAUCCUCCUGCUGAUCACUGGGCACUAGUUAGUGGGCUCCCAUCAUAUGUUGCAGAAAGUGGUUAUAUUUGUAACAUCAUGAAUGCACCUGCAGAUGAAACAUUUAAAUUUCAGUCAGGCCCUUUAGAUGAAAGUGGAUGGGUGAUUAAAAAUGUCCUGUCAAUGCCAAUUGUGAACAAAAAAGAAGAAAUUGUUGGUGUUGCAACUUUCUACAACAGAAAGGAUGGAAAACCAUUUGAUGAACAGGAUGAGACACUCAUGGAGUCACUGACACAGUUCCUUGGAUGGUCGGUGCUGAACACUGAUACAUAUGAUAAAAUGAACAAACUUGAGAACCGUAAGGAUAUUGCUCAGGAUAUUGUGCUGUACCAUGUGAAAUGCAACAAGGAUGAGAUCCAGGAUAUUUUGCCAACAAGGGAAUAUCUUGAUAAAGAAUUAGAAGACUGUAAUGAAGAAGACAUCAGUGGAAUCCUGAAACAGGAACUUCUAGAUCCAAAAGAGUCAGAAAUUUUUGAAUUCCAUUUCUCUGACUUUGACUUCAGUGAAACAGACCUGAUUAAAUGUGGUAUUCAGAUGUACUACCAGCUUGGAGUAGUGAAAAAGUUCCAGAUCUCACCAGAGGUAUUGGUGCGGUUCAUAUACACUGUACAGAAAGGCUACAGGCAAAUCACCUACCACAAUUGGCACCAUGGCUUCAAUGUUGCACAAACCAUGUUCACCCUUUUAAUGACAGGGGGUUUGAAGCAAUAUUACACAGACCUUGAAGCUCUUGCAAUGGUAACGGCUGCAUUUUGCCAUGACAUUGACCACAGAGGGACAAAUAAUCUGUAUCAGAUGAAAUCCCAGCAUCCACUAGCAAAACUUCAUGGAUCUUCAAUUCUGGAGAGACAUCACUUGGAGUUUGGCAAGUUUCUAUUGAAUGACGAGAGCUUAAAUAUCUACCAGAACCUGAAUCGAAGACAGCUUGACCAUGUAAUCAAUCUAAUGGACAUCGCUAUUAUUGCCACUGACCUCGCACUAUACUUCAAAAAGAGGACAAUGUUCCAGAAGAUAGUUGACCUUUCCGAAACAUAUGAAGAUAAAAAAGCAUGGGUUGAAUUUUUGUCUUUAGAGACAACAAGGAAAGAAAUUGUGAUGGCAAUGAUGAUGACAGCAUGUGACUUGUCUGCUAUCACUAAACCCUGGGAGAUUCAGAGUAAGGUGGCUCUCUUAGUAGCAGCAGAAUUCUGGGAACAGGGAGACUUGGAAAGGACUGUCUUACAACAACAACCAAUUCCCAUGAUGGACAGGAACAAAGCUGCUGAACUUCCUAAACUCCAAGUUGGCUUCAUUGAUUUUGUGUGCACAUUUGUAUAUAAGGAGUUUUCCCGUUUUCACAAGGAAAUCCAGCCAAUGUUUGAUGGAUUACUUAACAACAGACAGGAGUGGAAAACACUUGCUGAUCAAUACGAAGCAAAAAUUAAAGCACUGGAAGAGGAAAAAAAGAAGAAAGAAGAGAUGGCCAAAGGUUAG